AAGAUUCAGUGUGUAGUGUGUUCGUUGUUAUGAAUGCACGAUGUGGUUUAAUGUUAUAUUAUUUAUGACAAUCGUUUCUACCUACGUUCAAGGAGAUGCUGAACGUAUAGUGAAAUUAAGGCAAGGACGUGUACGAGGACAUUUGGACCCAAAUGGAGGACUUUACUCCUUCUAUGGUAUCCCAUAUGCCACAGCACCCACCGGAAUUCAUAAGUUCAAGGCUCCACUUCCUGGACCUGCAUGGAUUGAUACACUGGAUGCUGUUGAUAAUAGAACUGUUUGCCCACAAAAAGAUUUUAUGGGCUUAAUGCCAGAAUCAUUAUUUGAUAUUAAAGAAGAUUGUCUUGUAGCAAAUAUUUUCGUCCCUGCCACAAAAGAAACAAAUCUGAGUGUAGUGAUUUACGUUCACGGUGGCGCAUUUGUGAUAGGUUACGGGAAUUGGUUGUCUUAUAAAGCAUUAGUGAGAAGUAAAAAAGUCAUUGUUGUGACCUUUAACUAUCGACUUGGAGCUCAUGGAUUCUUGUGUCUUGGAACAGAUGAUGUACCUGGAAAUGCCGGAAUGAAGGAUCAAGUUGCUUUAUUACGUUGGGUUAAUCAAAACAUUGCCAAUUUUGGUGGUAACCCUGAAGAGGUCACAAUCGCAGGGUACAGUGCUGGAUCAGUAUCUGUGGAUUUACUAAUGCUCUCUAAGAGUACUAAAGGACUUUUCAAAAAAAUAAUACCAGAAAGUGGCGCAAGCCUUGCGGCAUUUAGUAUACAGACUGACCCUUUUGAGAAUGCAAAAGAAUUUGCAAGACUGCUAAAUUAUACAGGAUCAAAUAGUAUACCUAGUUUAGAAGAUUUUUUUAAAAAUGUUUCCUAUGAAACUUUAACUUCAAUAAAUGUAUUAGCUAGAUUUGAUUCUACAUUUCUGAUGUCACCCUGCAUUGAGCGCAGCAAUAGCGGGGACGCUUUUCUCACCGAUAGCCCUAUAAAUAUCAUAAAACAUGGUCUGUAUCCUAAGAUUCCCACUCUGUAUGGAUUCACAUCAAUGGAGGGCUUAGUACGUCUUCCAUUGUUUGAUCAAUUUAAAGAUGCUAUGAAUAAAAAUUUCCAAGAUUUCCUUCCUCCUGAUCUCAAAUUUCAAAAUGAUGAAGAGAGACAAGCAGUCGCCCAAAAAGUUAAAGAGUUUUACUUUGGAAACUCUAAUAUAGACUCGGAUACAAUUUUAGAGUAUAUUAAUUAUUUCAGUGAUAUUAUAUUCACUUAUCCCGCAUUAAGAACAGUGAAAUACCAUGUCGAAGCAGGACAUGACCAGAUAUAUUUAUAUGAAUAUUCAUUCGUACACGAUGAUUUACCAAAAAUUCCAUAUACAAACAUACGUGGGGCUGAUCACUGCAGUCAAACAUAUAUUGUAUCAGAUGGCUUAAAUGCAACUAUGAACAAUGAUAGGCUCGAGGAGAUGAAACCGAUUAUAAGAACUAUUUGGGCCAAUUUUAUAUUCACCGGGAAACCAAUACCUGAAGAUUCAGAGCUGCCUCCUUGGCCACCAGUAGGAAAGAACUGGUCUCCGCACAUGUCAAUAGAUCUACCGUUGAGCCUCAGGGGUUCGUUGCUGAAGGAACGUACGCUGUUCUGGGAUCAGAUUUACGAAAGACAUUAUCAGCAGCCCAUACCACCUCCAGCCUCACCUCAUAUUGAACUUUAAAUGUUUUUAAACUUCAA